ACCUCCCAUUAAAACCUUUCUAACCUUCUUACCACAGACGAUAAGCAUCCAGGGAAAUGGGCGGUUCAGACUCAAUCAAGUCAACUUCCCCAGACCGGAAAAAGGGAAUGACUCUGGGACAUCCAGAAGAAUUCAAAGCCAAGGAGAUUCGGUUGAAGAAGAGAUCCGACCGUGACCAUACGACCAGCUCGUCAAGUGGAUCGUCUUCUGGUGGAGGCGGCAAUACAACCCCGGUGACUGCCACCCACUCUCAGUCCGGUCUCUCUCCACUAGGAAAGCAGGAGGACUUCCAUUGCCGGCCCAUGAGGUUGGGGAGUCGUCGUAGCAGUGGGAUCGUCACGGGCGGUGUUUCCGCGUCCUCGUCUCCCAGCAAGAGUGGCAAUGUUUCAAGAACUGGGUCAAGAAACGUUUCCAGAAGGGCUAGUAGUAUCCAGACCGUGGUCAGUCCAACCGAGGACCAGUACGUGCAUCACCGUGUAGCUGGGGUGACGGUAGAUGGUACCGAUCUGGGGAGAUUGUACCGUACGGAAUCGAGCGGUUCGAAAUCCGAAUGGAGAAGCAUAUCCCGUGAAGACUUGCUGAGAGUGGAGGAAUCGGGCCCCACAAGACUAGUCCAACAGAGACUUGAACAGGCUAGUAUAGCAAGUGAUGAAGGGCCUCUUGGCCCUGAGACUGAGACUGAGACUGAGACUGGUGGAGCUGGCCCAGUUGGCCCAGAUGUAGUCUCCAUAUCAUCUAGAGAUGGCUCAUCAUCACUAGACUCGGUCAGCAUUGCCACAGAGCGACUGGUCAUAGUUGGUGGUGCCCCCACUGGGACAACAACGACUGCACCUGUGCCACCGUCUCUCAAAUCAUUCACCCUGAUCUCAGAACCAAUAUUUGCCAUCUGUCUUGUCAACUUCCACCAUCAUCGUGGACCCGAGGUACAGUACUGGAAAUCACCAUACUUCCCGGAAUACUCCCCAGACCUCUUUAGAAACCUCCCCUUCCAGGCAUUGCCCGACGGGUCGCAUCUCUUUGAAGAAACAUUCUCCAACUUCAACCUCGUGUACGACUACGCCAACGGCGAGUCCUUGGAUGACGGCGACGACUACAACACUUAUUCCUCGCAGGUGAAGAACAUGCGCACCCUCAAGACCUUGUUUGGGUGUUCGUGCGUGCAGCAGGUCAAGACGAGCGAUCUCUCGCAGGCCGAACGGGACCGCAAUGUGGACAUCACAAGGUCCAUUGUGCAAAAGGCCGUCGUGGUGAUCAGCAGAGACCAGCCCAUCUUCAGUAAAAUCAAGGAAAAAUUGUCCAUCAUCACGGGAUGUUAUUUCCAACAGGGCGAUUUCCUGAACUUUGAGAUCUUGGAUAGCUUGUUUGAAAGUUUGAACAACGAUCUGUAUGGAGAUGUUUCACGGUCAUUGAACGUAGAUGACGAGCUUUUCAUCAAUCUCCCAUUACGUCAAUCCAUCUUACAGUUCACAUCCAAGUUUCUUGUCAUUUACAAGGCGCUUCUUCUUGAGAAAAAGCUUCUUAUCUACUCCAAUACCAACCUAGAACUUCUCACACAAUUCCAGAACAAUCUUAUAUCACUUGUACCGAACCUCAUCAGUCAAUUGGGACUUUCUGGGUGUCCGCUUCUAGACUAUACAGAACUCUAUGGCCCACUCCAACGGCCAGAUUCUCUCAAUACCACAAAUCGGAAUUCUUUACUUCGAUUUUUCGGUCUCCCAUUGCAGAUUUUCACCACCAAGGGUUCAUUUUGGAACCCAUACCUCCCACUUCAACAACUCAACGAAUUGAGUGCGCAGGAGACCCGUAGUUAUAUGAUUGGAUGUUCAAACUUACUCUUUGUCAACCAGCUGGAAAAGUUAGGGGUGGAUAUCUUGGUCAACUUGGAUACCAAUGAAAUCACAUAUCCACAACAGAAGAAGCCAGAAGACCUCACUCUUUCACUGAAUGAUAAAAAGUUCAUUAACCAUUUGGUGAAGACAUGUAGCAAUACCAAUGAUCCAGACGCAUAUGUGGGCUCGGAUGAUUAUAUCCGUCACCAAUUUGAAGACUAUCUCUUGUCACUUCUUUCCACCACAAGAUAUUCGCAAUAUGUUGAUAAAUUCGGUCAAGACCCGCCUGGAUUCAAUACUGGCGACCAGCAACAACCACCACAAUCAGACAAUGCCUCUGAUGAUUCUGUAGAAACAAACAACGUUCAAAAUGGUAAUUUGAGUCUUUUCAAUAAGAAAUUCGUGGAAACUUGGACUACCUCGACUGCCAAUUUCAAGAUUUGGAAUUCAAUGGCUGAUGAAUUUAUGUUCAAUUUCUUAGACCCUAAACAUAUAGGUGUUGGGUUGGAUACCAAUGAGCCAUAUUUCAGUAGUUUCUUCAGUGCAUUGAAGGGGAGAAUCGUAGAACAAUCACCUCCACAACCAACCAUACAUAAGUAUGUUGAAGAGGACAAGAAGAUAGAAGAACCGGAAGAAGGAGAGGACGAUGGUAAAGACGAAGAGAAUAAAGACAUAGAGGAAGAUAAGAAUGAAGAAUCAAAUCCAAAACAAAUACAAACUGGAGCUGAAAAUCCAUUGGCGAAGAAGAUCUCUUCAUGGUGGUAUAAGAAGAAAUAGCAUAUAUAUAAUAGAGACAUGAGAAUACAAAUAAUA